AUGAAAUCAUUUAUAUUUACAUUAAUUUUCGUGUUGAUUACAUCACCAUCUGGAUUUUCACGUGACACAAAUAAUGAUGAUGCGUGUGCGAGAAUAUCCACUGGAUAUGAACAAUCUAACAGGGACCCGGAAUUUAGCGCAAAUUAUUCCGACGUGAAGGCAUGCUUUGAAGCAUUUCCUUAUGACAGGGAGAUUGCCGAAAAUACGAUCGAAACGAUAAAGAAAACGCUUCAAGGAUUUUUCGUAUAUUUAUCACAAGCAAAGGAAGAACCCAAACAAGGAUAUUCGUUCAGAUCUGUUGAUUUGAUUAAGGAAUUAGAUUCAUUAUUACUAAAGAAUUAUACAUCAGAGUUUCAAUUUAUGUUGAAUGUCAACAAUUUAAUUGCAGAAUUGAAAGAUCCUCAUCUAAGAUUUAUUCCACUCUGUUACCAAAAAUUCAUUUAUAGCCAACAACUUUCAUUAUAUUCAGUAAUUAACAAAGAAGGAGUGCAAAUAAUCAAAAUAUUCGAUGAUGAAAUAGAUAGUAACAACGUUGAUUGUGAGGUGACACAUAUAGAUGGAAGACCUUCAAUGGAAGUUAUCAAAGAAUUUGCGGAAGAGAGGAUAGAUGUUUCAAAAGAUUCAGGAGUAAGAUUUAAUGAUGCAUUAGCAUCUUUAAGAAUUAAUGAGAUAGGUGACAGAAUAAUCUCCGCACGAAUGUUCACUCUUAGAAAUGUUCUUCCAGAGAAAUCAUCAAUAGAAUACUCACUUUUAUGUGCAAAUGAUAUAAAUACCACAUUUACGAGAGAAUGGAAGAUUGGAUCAGUGUAUUAUGAUAGGUUUAAUACAACAGAUGAUUUUCGGAAUGCAUUUUGCCUAAAAAAUGAAAUCAUUGAUGAAUCUGUGAAUGUUAGUAAAAUGUUUGAACCGAAGAUUUAUAAUAAACCAAUGGUUGAAUGCGAAUUA